CUUUUUGGGCACUAACAAUUAAAAGUAACGGCAGUUGACGCCACAUUUAACGGUACAUACGAGCAUCGAGUGUCUGUGUGACUGGACAACAUGGCGUAUGCUUUACGUACGCUCCGAGUUCUGCUGCUUGCCGCAGCGAGCGUCGCUUUAGGCCCUUCGAGUGCCUCAUUAGCGGGCAGCGAGACUGUGCAACUGGCGCCAGCUGAGCGAGUGCUGGCCCAGGUGCCAGCAGCAGCACGCAGCAGUUUUUUGCUCUACCAAUUAGCCACGGCCAUAAAUUCUGGCAACUACCCCGGGCUGGCGCUGGAGGUGGAGCGCGAGCAGGAGCUGGAGCAGGAGUUACUUGUAGAACAUCAAGUGGACUACAGCUGGCCGAACGCAAUGCCAAAUGAAUUUCAGUUUAUGUCGCUCAACGGCGAUUUUCCGCUACAAUUCCAAGACUGGCUAAUGGACGGCUAUGGCCUGAGCGUGCAGGAUGUCUAUCAGAGCUGGCCCCGAGCUGCAGCUGCACCGCGUUCCGCCCAGCGGCAGUUGUGCAAUGGCCGCGGUGAAUGCUACGAUGUGGCCGACAUUCUGGCCGCGUGUUGUCCAUUUUGAGUUUAAGUUAAGUAAUGUGGCAAAUAUAAACACAUAUUCGAAAUGAUUAAAAAAAUGAUGUAUAUA